AUGACAGCCUUCAACACCUCCCGGACACUCUGUGUCAGGCCGCUCAUUGUGGACCGUUCACUGGCUUCUGGACCCUGGUCAAGAAUGAACCUCAGAAGAGGAGGGAAGCCCAAAAGUUCGCAGAAAGAACAAGGACUCAGAGAAACCUUGGCUACGGGCGCCUGCGCAGAACCGGGCGUCGGCCGCCGGGCCAGACCUGGGCGGUAAAGGGGUAGUGAAGUGAUGGAGGGAGGGAGCAGUCUGGGUGCCCCCCCCGAGAGGGCUGCGGAAGAAGAAGAACCACAGGUGAAGAAGCGGCGACUCCUGUGUGUGGAAUUUGCCUCGGUGGCGAGCUGCGACGCGUCUGUGGCCCAGUGCUACUUGGCAGAAAACGACUGGGAGAUGGAAAGAGCAUUGAACUCCUACUUUGAGCCGCCCGUGGAUGAGAGCGCCUUGGAAAGCCGUCAGACCUUCUCUGAGACUGAAACCUGUGUAGACCUAACUAGUGAAGAAACAACUGAUUCCACUAGUUCUAAAAGUAGCCCACCUGAAAAUACUCAGCAAGAAGAUGGCAGUAUGUUUUCUUUCAUUACCUGGAAUAUUGAUGGAUUGGAUCUAAACAAUCUGCCAGAGAGGGCUCGAGGAGUGUGUUCCUAUAUAACUUUGUACAGCCCAGAUGUGGUAUUUCUACAAGAAGUUAUUCCUCCAUACUAUAGCUACCUAAGGAAGAGAGCAAGUAAUUAUGAAAUAAUUACAGGUAAUGAAGAAGGAUAUUUCACGGCUAUCAUGUUGAAGAAAUCAAGAGUAAAAUUAAAAAGCCAAGAGAUUAUUCCUUUUCCAAGUACCAAAAUGAUGAGAAACCUUUUGUGUGUGCAUGUGAGUGUGACAGGAAAUGAACUUUACCUUAUGACUUCACAUUUGGAGAGCACCAAAGGGCACGCUGAGGAACGAAUCAAUCAGUUAAAAGUGGUUCUGAAGAAAAUGCAGGAGGCACCAGAGUCAGCUACAGCUAUAUUUGCAGGAGACACAAAUUUAAGGGAUCAAGAAGUUAUCAAAUGUGGUGGUUUACCUGAUAACGUUUUAGAUGUCUGGGAAUUUUUGGGCAAACCUGAGCAUUGUCGGUAUACAUGGGAUACACAGAUGAACUCUAAUCUGGGCAUACGCGCUACUUGUAAGCUUCGUUUUGACCGAAUAUAUUUCAGAGUGGCAGCAGAAGGGGACCACAUCAUUCCCCGAAGUUUGGACCUACUUGGGCUGGACAAACUGGACUGUGGCAGAUUUCCUAGUGACCAUUGGGGUCUACUGUGCAAUUUAGAUAUAAUAUUAUGA